GCCAGGAAGGUGCAACUGCGUUACGAGGGUGGCGAAAAAUGACAAUGUUCACAAAGUGGGCAAGGCAGGUGGGAGCGUGAAUGGCGGCUUAUGUUGUGCAAAGUCUAGCUGCGUGGCCUGGCCUUCGUAGGGCUGACGGGCUGAGUUGGCGAAGGGGUGCAGGGACUUCGGCCGAAUGUGCCUUUUUGGGCUGCGAGUCUCAGGUUGGUCAUAGGGUGAUAUGCAUAUUCAGAGGACGAAGGAAGUAUAACUGGGUAGAGUUCUUAUCAUACGUACAGUGGAAAUGUCUCUCAACGAAGUGGAACUUGAGAAUGCCGCAGAGACAGGGUGCCGACAAGCAUAAAAAGAUCAUGGCAAAGAAGCGGAAUCGUAAUGAAUACCAACAUGUAGUAACGUUGAAAAACUUAGAGACAGUCUGCCAACCAGUACCCUAUACAAAGAUAACCAUCCCUUGCUGAAACUGACGUAGGCCUCCCUGAAUACACCUAGCCCAAGUCGAAAAGGUUGAAACGGCAAGUUUCUGUCCUGGCCAAUGUGUUUGUCAUUCGUCCGGAGUCCAGGUGUCUCACCUCGCGCCUGGGUAUUGUCUGUUCUGGCUUUGGUUCGGGUGCUGUUGCUGAGCUAGGAUGGGGUUUGGAUAUUGAAGCUGAGCCUGUGCUGGGUUCCGGAUGGGAAUUUGAGUUGCCUGAGACAGCAUUAGGUGUUGCGAGCUCUGCAGAUUUUGUGUCCGCU